AUGGCACUGUUCGGUACGCAGAAUCAACAGACUUCGACUCCGUCCCUGUUCGGCCAGUCAACAAACCAGACUCAGCAGGCUGGAAGCAUAUUUGGUGCCCAGCAGCAACCACAGCAACAGGGAAGCUCCCUUUUUGGGCAGUCAUUCCAGCAGAAGCCUCAAAAUAACUUAUUUUGUGGCAUUGGGCAGCAACAAAAACCAAGCCCGUUUUCUGGAUUCGGCACUACAGCGCAACAACAGCCACAACAACAAACCGGGGGGUUUACUCUUGGAUCUACCACGCAGCAACCGCAAAACCAACAAAAUGCGAGUCCGUUCGCAGGAUUCGGCACUACGCAGCAGCAGCAGCAGCCACAAGCGCAGACUGGAAAUACGUUCUCAGGCUUUGGUGCGGCCUCACAACAACAACCGCAGCAACAACCCCAGCUAGGACAAACUCAGGGAUUCUCACAAGCGGGUAGUUCGACAAUAUGGACUCCUGGCCAGGGAAUGACAGGAGUCCACCGAACCGUACCAAUGCAGAUAAUGAUCGUAAAGGACAAAUGGGACGCCACAAGUCGCUCAUCUCCGUUCCGGGGAUAUCUCUAUAAUAAUGUGGGCGAGGAAUCUGCGCCUUUUUUUCAGCCGGGUCCUAACGACGAUGAGAACAAGUGGGAGGAGGCAUUGAGAAAACGCCCAGGACCUGGCUACGUCCCUGUCCUUGUACAGGGCUUUUGGGAGUUGGGGAAGCGCACGCAAAGACAGAAAGAUUUCUUGUCAAUGAUGCAGACGCGGUUACAUGAAAUAAAUAACGCCUUGACAGAGUUAUUGUCACGACAUGACUUGACCAUAUCCGUCAAGAUCGCGGCCUGUCGGCGAAAACACAAAGUGCUGAGCCAGAGAUGCCUUGCCUUAGCAUCGAAGACACAGCUGUUGCGAAACCGCGGAUAUGCUAUGGAUCAGACAGAGGAGGAAUUGGCUAAGAAGCUGUUCCAGCUAGAGCGAGCAGUUUUUGACCCGUCCCUCAAUGGCAGAUCAGAAGAAAUUUGGGCGAGGAUGUUAGCUAUCCGGGAGAACUCAAAACGCCUUCAGCUCGAAAUUGAACGUACAGGAAACGACACAUCUAAUCAGGCAGAUGACUCUCUCGAUGAUGCAGCUCUAAAAACAGCUAAGAAGAUUCUCGAAGACUAUGCCACUCAGAUUCAGCAUUUGAACAAGGAACUUGCUGCUGUUCAAAAGGAUUUUGGAAACCUGGAGCAGUCUAUACCCUCCUAA